AUGUCGAUUUCCAUCUCAUCAACUGUCGCCUCAAUUCUCGCUUCCUCAUCAACUUUGACCCCCAAGGCUCCGGCUCCCGCACCAACACCACCACCCGCACUUCUGAAAAUCGCCACCACCCUACCAGCCGCUGUGACCAAAACCAUCAUAACCUCCACAAUCGACGUCCUUCCUGCCACAACAGAAUCUGGAAAUUCGGGAAGUCUCCUUCGCGAGGGAGCCGGUGUCGCCCUGAAUGCGGUGUACGUCGCCAUGCUGGUACUCCUCGGGUUGUGUAUCCUCUUCUGUAUCGUUUCGUCGGCAUGCUGGUGUUUUAUGAAGCAUCGACAGGAUAAUAAGUUCAAUAAUUUUACAAGUGAGCCAUCGACGCAACAUGGAAGACAGGACGGGGAGCAGGAGCCGUAG